UUCUAUAUCAAUUUACAACUUUUACUAUUUAGGUUUAGAAAAAGUAAAAAGUUCUUCAUAUAUAUAUAUAUACUCUUUUUUAUUCUUUUUAUUUUUUAUUUUCAUUGAAUUUGUACUUCAAUUUGGUGACACUUGAUUGGGUUGAACUAUACAACAACGAUAGUCUAGUAAUUGAAAUAUUCAACGCAUAUACAUACUUAUAUAUACAUACACAAAAACUCACUCUCAUACAUACCAUUCGGGUGAUUGAAACAACAAAAAGAAGGCCAUGGAAAACUUGUGGCGUCCUACUCAAGGUCUAUAUGGUACAACAACAAAAAUAUAUAAAUCCAACUUUGGUUUCAUCAUGAAAUUGGUUUUGGUAUCUUUGACUCUAUUUUCUUGGUGGACUACACCUAUUCUGGCACAAGACAUCGAUAUGCAAAAAACUGGAUUUGAUGCUCUACCGGAAAAAAUGUUCUAUUUUAAGGAUUCUCAAGUUGUACUAUGGUUAGAUGCUAAUUCACAUUCCCUUUAUCGAUCGGAAAAUCAUGGCAAAGAUUGGAAUAAGAUUUCAGAAGUUGAAGGUCAGGCACACUUUUUAUAUGAUCAUCCUUUUGAUUCAGAAAAGGCUUACGUUCUAGGUAAAGACAAACAACAUUGGAAAACUGAAGAUAGAGGUGAUUCUUGGCAAUCCUUUGGAACUCCUGUGCCACCUGCUACUUCCGCUCAACAAUUGGCUUUCCAUGCUCAACGUGUCAAUAAUGUUUUAUUCACUGGAUUUCAAUGCAAUAUGAAAGGAUGGCAAAAUAUGGAUUGUCGUGAAGAGACUUAUUAUACCACCAACAACUUCAAAGACUUAAGGUUAUUACGUACUCAUACGGCUUCUUGUAUUUGGAGUGAUUCCUCCCCUCAUUUUAAUAACGCUCCUGCUAAUGAAGUCAUGUGUGUAGAAUCAUCAUCCAAACGUGGUGGUGUCAUGAUGAAUUCCAACGAUUUACGACUGGUGCAAUCCGAAAAUUUCUUCCAUACCGAACAAGUGGUAGACUUUAGUACUGGUUCCAAAGUUACUGGUGUGGUCGCUGUCAGUGCUGUUAAUCGAUAUAUGGUAGCAGCUGUCAAACCUUCUACAACCAAAUCAGAUAUGGAUCUUUAUAUAUCAUUGGAUGGCGAAAAUUGGCACGAGGCAGUAUUUCCUCCUGGUACGGAUAUUCAUGAAAAGGCAUAUACUAUUGUGGAAUCAACUGGUGUUUCUUUAUUGGUGGAUAUGCUCGGAAGUGAAGCUGGUUAUGGAUCUCUAUACAAAUCAAACUCAAAUGGCACUUUUUUCAUCAAAAGCUUGGACAAUACAAACCGCAAUCCUUUGGGAAUUAUUGAUUUUGAACGUAUACAAGGUGUGGAAGGAGUCAUGCUGGCUAAUAUAGUAGCUAAUCCCAAAGAUAUCUCAAUUGGAAGUACCAACAACAAGAAGAUUCAAAGCCGAAUCAGUUUUGAUGAUGGAUCUACUUGGUCACCUAUCAAGAAAGUCGUUGAUAUCAAUAGUCAGGAUAUGAAAUGUAGUGAAGAUGGUUGUGGUCUUCAUUUACAUUCAGUUACGUCUACGCCCAAUGUUGGUCAAGUUUUCUCCUCUGCUAGUGCUGUUGGUGUGGUCAUGGGUGUUGGCAACUAUGGUGAUCAUCUAUUGGAAUAUGACGAAUGCGAUACUUACUUAUCUACGGAUGGUGGAUUGAAUUGGAAAAUGGUCAGAGAAGGUGCUCAUAAAUACGAAUUCGGUGAUAUGGGUGGUCUUCUUGUCAUGGUGGAUGAUGAAAAAGAAACAAAUUAUAUUUGGUGGAGCAAAGACCGUGGUGCCAACUGGGAAAAAUACGACCUUGGAAUGACUGUACGUGCACGAUCAUUGACUACUGAUCCUGAAUCUACCUCUCGACACUUUAUCUUGACAGCUGGGUCAGCACAUUCUUCUGAUACCUCUGAUCGUGUUCAAGCUAUUCAUCUGGACUUUACAAAAUUACAACAACGACAAUGCGUAUUUGAUCCUGAUCACGAUGACAAGAACGAUUAUGAACGAUGGUAUGCUCGUGACUUGACAGAUGGUCCUGAUUGUUUGAUGGGACACGAACAAAUGUAUUAUCGACGCAAGGCAGAUCGUGAUUGCUAUGUGGGUCGUGAUUUCAAUGAUCCUGAAUUGGAAAUGAAGAAUUGUCCUUGUACUGAAGCUGAUUAUGAAUGCGACUUUAAUUUUAGCCGAGACAAGGAUGGAAAAUGCAAACGUGAUAGAAACGAUAAACUGAUAUCAAAUCAAUGCAAAUCGAAAACAGGUACUUAUUUAGCUUCAAGUGGUUACCGACUGAUUCCUGGAAACACAUGUAUACCUUCAUCUUCUCCCUUGGAUACACCUGUAGAUCGAUUAUGUAGUGAUAAUGACAAGAUUAUCUAUCCUCCCUCUCACGAUGUAGGCAACAACAAUGGAUUUGUACCUCAACAACCUUCCGAAAAAGGGAUUAUGAAAUAUCAGACUAUCUUUGAUGAUGAAUUCGAACAGUUCACCUAUUUUGCAAACAGUCCCCGAGUGUUGAUGCGACUAAGGAAUGGUGAACUUUGGUACUCUGAAGAACAUGGUAUGACGUGGAAACAAGUAUUGAAGGAUCAAGGUCGAGUGAAUCAAUUUAUUAUGCAUGAAUUCAACGAUCAGCGUGCAUAUGCUGUUAUGGAAACUACUUUGUAUGUAACGGAAGAUCAAGGUGCCAAUUGGAAGCCUAUCGUUACUCCUGGUCCUCCAAGUCAUCAUGUAUCUCAAGUACUUGAUUUCCAUUUUGAAGAACAUGAUUGGCUUUUACUUUUAGCUGAUGAUCCUACGACACGACUAACGGCUGCCUAUAUUUCUCGUAAUCAUGGUGCUCAUUGGGAUAUCUUUGGUGGUGAUGGUUUACAGCAUGUGGAAAAAUGUAUCUUUGGCCGUGAUUCUAAAUUCAACAUACGCAAGGAAACUGUUUAUUGCUCAGUAUCUUCUACUCCUCAACAACAGACAAAACAAUUACAACUCAUUCGAACUGUGGACUGGGGUAAUUCCAAGGAAAUCUUAUUUGACAAUGUGGUGGAAUUCUUUGUGAUCGAAGAUUUUAUGGCUGUAGCAGCAAAUACAAAAGGCGAUCUUAAUGUCUACGUCAGUAUCAAUGGUGACACUUUUACAGAAGCUCAAUUCCCUCCUGGACAAUAUAUUGAUCGUGAUACUUUUACGGUACUUCAGUCAACCACUCAUUCCAUCAUCAUGAACAUCUUUAAAUCGGUGACUCAAGGAAAGGCACAUGGUGCUUUAUACAAAUCCAAUGACAAUGGUACCUUUUAUCAUCUCUCUCUUGACAAUACAAAUGGAAACUCAAUGGGUUAUGUCGAUUUUGAAAAAAUGCAAGGUAUUGAUGGUAUUAUUUUAGCUAAUCAAGUGAUGAACCCUGACGAAUUGGUCGGUGGAACACAUGAUGUCACCAAGAAGAUACGAACGAUGAUUAGUUGGGACGACGGUGGACAUUGGCAACCACUCUCUCCUCCUAGCAAGUUUGAUUGUAGUGGAAAGGAUUGCACUUUGAAUUUACAUAGUCGAACAGAUAUUCAUGGACCUGGAGCGAUUUUUACUGCAAGUGGUGUGCCUGGUUUGGCGAUGGGCGUCGGAAAUGUUGGACCUACUCUUUUACCAUAUGAACAAAGUGAUACUUUUCUAACACGUGAUGCGGGGCAUACUUGGAUUAGGGUGCAAGAUGGUGAACAUUUAUACGAAUUUGGUGAUCAAGGCUCAAUUUUGGCAUUAAUUAAUGACGAAGGCCCUACUAAUGAAAUGUUAUACUCUUGGGAUCAAGGAACUACGUGGCAUGGUUAUACGUUUGCAGAAGAACCAAUUCGAGUAUCUGCCUUGACAACAGAUCCUUUGUCAUCGACACUCAAGUUUGUGAUCAUGGGUCAUACACGUGACAAUCAACGAUCUCCUUUGAUUAUUGUCGUGGACUUUGCUGGUACCGAUGUUCAACCCUGUAAUUUGGAUACUGGCGAUGAUGAGAAAUCCGACUUUGAAAAAUGGAUUGCUAAGGAUGAUGAUGGGGAUGAUGCUUGUUUAUUGGGCAAGAAAACAGUGUACUGGCGUCGCAAGAAGGAUCGUAUAUGCAAGGUUGGAAACAAAUUUAAAGCUCCUGAAGUGAUAGAAAAUAAUUGUCAAUGUCGUGAUAGUGAUUAUGAAUGUGACUUUGGCUUUUGGAGAAAUGAAAAUGGUGAAUGUGAGUAUAGCAACCGACACCCUGAUCGACCUACUAUUUGUCAACCUCAUCAAAAAUUCCGUGGCCGAUCUGGAUACAAGAAAAACUCCAAGAGUACAUGUACUGGUGGUGUGAAUCUGGAGACCGAAAAAGAAUGGGAUUGUGGUGAAGAUGGACAAGUACAAAGUGCCAAAAUGGAAUUCUCUGAACGAGUGGUGGAUUAUAUUUAUUUUGGUGGUACGAACCGUGUGAUUGUGCGAACCAUGGAUAACAAGAUCUGGCGAAGCGACGAUGAUGGUUAUAAAUGGAUUCAAAUCUUUGUUGAUCAUCAAGUGAUUGCUAUGUAUCAGAAUCCUCAUCAUGAACAAAACGCGUAUUUUAUCACUAAAGGCCGUACUCAUUUUGUGACUCAAGAUCGUGGCAGCAAUUUUAUGCAAAUUACUACUCAUCUGGAACCCAUCAAUAAUCUUGUUGGUACAAUUCUCAGCUUCCAUCGUGAUGAACCGGAAUAUGUGAUCUUUAUUGGCGAGGAUAAAUGUGAUACUUAUAUGUCAUCUGAUUGUCAUUCUGAAGCAUUUUACUCUCACAACAGCGGUAAAACAUGGCAACCUAUUGGCAAGUAUAUUCGUGGAUGUAUUUGGGGACGGGAUGGAUCUAUCGAACUUGCAGAGCAUUCAUCUAUUUUUUGUGAAGAAUAUCAUGAUAAAUCCGGCAAUCAACGCAACUUUUUCACCAAUCAAUUACAAUUCGUUUCAUCCGACAAUUACUUUGAAUCCAAGCGAUACUUAUUUGAUGAUAUCGUGGGAGUAGCUGUAUUUGGCAAGUUUAUGGUGGUAGCUGUCCCUCAAUCCGGUGGUAGCAAUAACAAUCUCAAACUUCAUGUCAGCUUGGAUGGAAAAACCUUUGCAUUGGCAUCGUUCCCUGAAUCAUUCAAUGUAGCCACUGAAGCAUUUACUAUUAUGGAAUCAGCAAACAGUAUGUGGAUCCAUGUUACGACCAACACCCACAAAGGAUCUGAAUAUGGCACCAUCUUUACCUCCAAUUCCAACGGUACAUAUUUUGUACAAUCACUACCAGAUGCCAACCGUAACGAAAUGGGUAUUGUUGAUUUUGAAAAAAUGCAAGGUAUCGAAGGUAUUGCGCUAGCCAAUCAAGUCAGCAACACUAAUCAAGCCAACAUGGGAGAUCCAAAGAAAUUGGUGACUAGGAUCACAGUGGAUGCUGGUCGAAGCUGGAAGAAACUGACACCUCCUUCUGUGGAUAGCAAAAAAGAAUAUUACAACAACUGUAAUGGUGAAGAAUGCAGUUUACAUUUACACAGCUAUUCAGAACGACGAAACACACGCGAUUUAUUCAGCACAUCUAGCGCAGUUGGACUGAUGGUGGGGGUCGGCAAUGUUGGUAACUCUCUCUCUGCUUAUCGUGAUGGUGAUAUGUUUUUGACAAGAGAUGCAGGAAAAACUUGGACUGAAGUUUACAAAGGUGCUCAUAUUUGGGAAUUUGCUGAUCAAGGUGGACUGUUGAUGCUUGUAGAUGAUGAAGAAGAAACCAAUGAAGUCAGAUAUACCUCUGAUCAGGGUUUGACAUGGAAGACAUAUGAAUUUGCAAGGAAAAAAGAUCGUAUCAAGGUGAAUGAUAUUAUUACCCAACCAGAUGGUACCAGUCAAAAAUACGUUGUAUUUGGAUCGGAACGCGGAAACAGCAAGACGGUAGCCUAUCAUAUCGAUUUCAGUGCCAUUCACCCUACUCAAUGCAAGUUGGACAUUGCCAAUGAAGAUGAUGAUGAUUUCGAAUUAUGGAGUCCUGAAGAUACCCGUGGUGAGAAGUGUCUAUUUGGUCGUGAAACGAAAUACUACCGUCGUAUUCAAGAUCGUGAUUGUUAUAUUGGCGAAAAACUGAUUCAACCCAAAGAAAUUGUUCGAAAUUGUACUUGUGCAGCAGAAGAUUAUGAAUGUGACUUUAACUUUGUUCGCAAUGAAAAAGGUGAAUGUACUUUGGUAGAAGGAUUCAAACCCGUUGUACCUGAAUGUGAUGGCACGACAGAUUUUGUUUAUUAUCCUACAGGAUAUCGUAAGAUUGCAGCAUCUACUUGUCAAGGAGGUCGAGAAUUGGAUAAACUUGGUGAAAAGAUCCGAUGCCCUGGUCGUGGUGGAGGAGGAACACAUUGGCUUGUAUAUUUAUUUGCACCCGUCUUUGGUGCUGCUAUUAUUUUUGGAUGUCUUCGAUUCCGUCAUGCUUUCCCUCAUCAAGGACGAUUUGGAACCAUCCGCUUACCCGAUGCGGCUACGAAUGCUACCAAUGACUUUAUUUCUCAUCCCAUAUUGACCAAGAUUCUAUCGGCUGUGGUUAUUGUUCCUGUCGCUUUGGUUGGACUCAUUUCAAGAAUCCCUAUGCCUCGUUCUCUGGCAGAUUGGAACAUCUUCCGGCAUUUAUCAGUACCUUCUUUCCUUCGUGGCCGACAUAGUGGUGUCCGUUAUAGUGCUCUCGAUCAAGAUGAUACUGAUGUACUUUUGGAUGAUUACGAUGCUGAAGACGAUAGUGAUGCGGAUGAACUAUAGUGGUCGUUAGAGUUAGUAGUGGAUGAUUAUUUUUAGUGUACUGAUAGUAAUAGUAGCUAUCAUUUGUGUAUUUUUUUUUUUUUAUGUUUAUAUGUAUCUUUUAUACAUUUUUUUUUAUCCUUUUAUUUUUUGAAUGUUCAUCAUUCCAUUCUCUUCUUGCUUUUAUAUAUAUAUAUAUAUAUUAC